UUGGCACCAUAAAUUGGAUAUUGAUAAUCUGUGGUACACACAGCGUCAUCUGGCAACACUAUAUUUCGGGAAGACAUCUUUGAUUUUACAUUGGUCUUAUACACGGCAUUCUAUACAAUCCUUUUCUGUUAAUUACUAUUUACAAUUGUUACAUGAAAUAAAAUAUACAUUGAGAUUAAUUGCUUUCUAUUAUACAACCCGACAUACAUAACAGAUUGGCGACGAGGACGGAGGAAGUGGAAAUUCAAUACUAAUAAUCAAGUGAAGAACAUCGUGCGUACGUCGACCCAUGUGCUCCUAACACCUUUUCCUUUGUUCCAAGGGUUCCACAUCCCGUGAUGAUAACCCGCUUCACAACCUCCUUUUUCCUUUACAAUAAUAUACAAUACAUUACAAGUACGCAAAAUGGAACAGCAAUUGGGGCAAGUAUUAUCUCAAAUGUUAGAAACUAUUCGAGGAAUUCAAGUACAACAAGCGCAAUUACAACAACAAUUACAAAAUACGGAUAAAUCGGUGAGUGGAAUUACAUUACAACCAUACGACGAAAACAAUGAAAGUUUCGCAUCGUAUUUACAAAGGUUAGAAAAUUACAUUAAUUUAAAAGGAGUCACAAAUGAUAAAACAAAAUCACAGAUUUUUCUGAACUGCAUUGGUCCUAAAUACUACCAAGUUUUACAAAAUAUUACAGCACCUGAUUCUCCGAAAACUAAAUCAUAUUAUGACCUGAUACAAUUAUUGAAAAACCAUAUCGCACCUGAACCCGGUGAAGUAGCCCAACAGCACAAAUUUUGUUUAAGACAACAAUACGAAUGUGAAAGUAUUUCGAAUUAUGUUGCUGGUUUAAAAGAACUAGGGGGAAAAUGUAACUUUAAAUGUGCGAGCUGUCAACACAGCACAUUUGAAACUCAUCUGCGAGUACAAUUCAUACGAGGUCUCCGGAGUACAGAAAUAAAAGAAAGAUUACUACAAGAAAGCUCAUCUACAAAGGUUGAUGAUUUAAUUAAGAUUGCAAUGGCGAUUGAGACAUCAAAAGCUGAAACAAAAGAAAUGUGUUCUGGCCAAGUAAACAUUAACAAAAUUUCAACAAAAUCAAAUCAUUUCAAAAUUAAAACAAACAUACAGCAACCUACAAAAAUAAAUACAUACAAAAGAGAAAAUAUAAAUAAAUCAUACAGUUCAUAUCACAAGAAGAAGAGAGAAAUAAAAUGUUUUCGCUGUGGCAAAGAAAACCAUACAGCAAGACAAUGCCGUUUGAAAGAUAAACUAUUUUGCAAGAAAUGUAAGAUAAAGGGACAUAUACAAUCGGUAUGUUUCAAAGAUCAAAAACAACUUGACUUAGUACAGGAUCAAUUCAACGAGGAAGAUGAAAUAUAUGAAAUACAUAAGAUAUUUAACAAUAACAUACACAGUGAUAAAUUUAACAUAACCUUAUUAUUAAAUGGAAAAAUACAUACUUUGGAACUGGAUACAGGCGCUGCAGUUACUACAUGCUCAACAAAUUUUUAUGAGAAAUAUUUUAGUAAUCUGAAACUUAAAAAUACAUCAGUAAAGUUAAGAACAUACACAGGAGAAAUAAUACACCCAUUAGGAACUUGUAAUUUAAAUAUUCAGUAUAAGAACACAGUUAUUGAAGGAAGAAUCUUUGUAAUUGACCGCGAAGUAGACACCGUAGUUGGAAGAGAAUGGCUUAGAAAAUUGAACUUAAAUUUUGAAUUAAAUACAAUAUACAAAGAAGAACAAGACAUAACAGAGAAAGAAUUCAAAUAUAAAUUACAAACAUUAUUAGAAGAAUAUAAAGAGUUAUUUACAGAAGAAAUAGGUGAAAUUAAAGAUUAUCAAGCAGCAUUUAAAUUGAAAGAAGGUUCAGUUCCAGUUUACUUAAAGCCACGCCCAGUACCAUUUGCAUUGAAAAAUCAAGUAGAGGCAGAAAUUGACAGAUUAGAAAAAGAAGGCAUAUUAGAAAAGGUUACAUACUCACAGUGGGGUACACCAAUUGUCCCCGUGUUGAAACAUAAUGGAAAGGUACGACUAUGUGCCGACUACAGAGCUACAUUAAAUAAAAACCUAGAGAAUGACAAUUAUCCAAUUCCCCGAGUUGAAGAGAUAUUUUCAAAGCUCAGCGGUGGUAAAUAUUUUUGUACAUUGGACAUUAACCAAGCGUAUUUACAUAUGAAGACAAAUGAUGAUACAGCAGAGAUGCAAGCCAUAAGUACAUGUAAGGGCACAUACAAAGUAAGAAGACUGAUGUUCGGUGUGAAAAUAGCACCAAAUGUUUGGCAAAGAUACAUGGAUCAGACACUACAAGGAUUAGACGGUACAGCUUGUUUUUUCGAUGAUAUCGCUUUACAAGGACAUUCAUACAUACAAUUACUACAAAGAAUCCGAAAAGUAUUUAAUAAACUUAAAGAAUGUGGAUUACAUCUAAACAGGAAGAAGUGUCAAUUUUUUCAAAAAUCAGUUACAUAUUUGGGACAUAAAAUAAAUGAAAAAGGAUUACACCCUACAGAAGAAAAGAUAAAUGAUAUAAAGAAUAGCCCACGUCCCACAGAUGUUACAUCUCUACGUACUUUCUUAGGAAUGAUAAAUUAUUAUCAACAAUUUAUAUCUAAUUUGGCAUCUAAACUAAAUCCUUUAUACAAGCUAUUACAGAAAGAUACAAAAUUUAUAUGGAAUAAAGAAUGUGAACAAGCAUUUCAAGAGUUGAAAAAUGAACUAUGUGGAGAAAGAGUACUUAUACCAUUCCAUGAGAACUUACCUGUCACAUUAGCUACAGACGCAUCUCCUACAGGAUAUGGAGCUGUUUUAUCACACAUUAUGCCGGAUAAAACUGAACGACCUAUAGCAUUUGCAUCAAGAUCUUUAACUAAAGCAGAAAAAGGUUACAGUCAGUUGGAUAAAGAAGCAGCAGCUCUAGUAUGGGGAUUAAAGAAAUUUUUUCAAUAUUGUUACGGCAGGAAGAUAUUACUCAUUGUAGAUAAUCAACCAUUAGCUAGAAUUUUACACCCAGAGAAAGUUACACCAGCUACAACAGCCAUACGACUAGUACACUAUGCAAACUUUUUAGCAGGAUUUGACUAUGAGAUACGAUUAAGGAAGACUACAGAACAUGCGAAUGCCGACUAUUUUUCAAGAAUACAAUAUACAGAUACAACUGAUAGGAAUGAGACAAUGACAGACGAUGAAGCGUUUUACCUAAAUCAAAUUGCAGAAAUGCCAGUUUCAUUAAAGGAAAUAAGAGAAGCUACAGCCACUGACCCUGAGUUACAAAAAUUAUACAUAGAGAUACAGUCAGGAAGAGAAGAUACAGGAAGACUAUACGAAUAUUCGUUACAAAACAAUUGCAUAUUUUAUGGCAUAAGAAUUGUAAUACCUAAAAAAUUACAACCUCAAAUAUUAAAAGAACUACAUACAGCUCACACCGGUAUUGUGAAGAUGAAGGCGUUAGCCAGAAGCUACGUCUGGUGGAAGAAUAUAGACAUGGAUAUAGAGAACAUGGUAAAGCAAUGUAAAACAUGCUGUUUAAUGAAGAACAACCCUACUAAAGUACCUAUACACAUCUGGGAAUAUCCGAAAGAACCAUGGAGUAGAAUUCAUAUUGAUUACGCAGGACCAUUCAUGAAUCAAUAUUUUCUUAUUGUGGUAGAUGCCUACACAAAAUGGUUAGAGGUAAUACCUACUACUUCUAUCACAGCUACAGCUACUAUUAAUAUUUUAAAGAAAAUCUAUACUACGUUUGGCUUACCAGUUACCCAAGUAUCUGAUAAUGGAAGACAAUUUAGAUCAGAGGAAAUGUUAAGAUUUUUAAAGGAAAAUGGAAUUCAAGCAAAGUUUACAGCACCAUUUCACCCAUCUACAAAUGGUCAAGCAGAAAGAUAUGUACAAACGGUUAAAAAUAAACUUAAAGCAAUGAUGAACGAAGAAGGAUCUGUACAAGAUAAGUUACAAAGAUUUUUAAUGAUGUAUAGAAAAACACCUAAUAGCUCUACAGGGCAGAGUCCAGGAGAAAUGAUGUUUAAAAGAAUAUAUAGAACAAGAAUAGAUUUAGUGAAAAGAAAACAAGAAGUUAGAGAUUGCAACAAUGAAGAAUUAAAGGUAAACAAAGAGUUUAAACCAGGGGAUAGAGUACAAAUAAGGAUGUAUGAUAGUAACAAAUGGAAAUUUGGAAGAAUAUUAGAGAGGAAAGGAAAAUUACAUUACGAGGUGGAAGUAGAUGGAAAGAUACAUCACAGACAUAUUGAUCAGAUAAUAAAGACAUCUUGUUUGAGUGAGAACUUUAAUACACCAGAUACUUACCGACCAACGUACCCGCAAGAGAAUUCACCUACACCAGCUUCACCUGAAAAAGAAUGCAUACAACCUAGCCCUACAGUAAUAUUACAUACAAGUCCUACUCGAAGAAGAUCAUCUACACAGCCAGUAGAAAGUCCAGGAAAUUACCAACCAGAAAACCUUGUACCAGAAACAAUUCCAGAUACACAUGAACCUACACCGUCCAGAAUUGAAAUCCGUCGUAGUACUAGGAUGAGAAGACCUCCAAACAGAUUGAACCUUUGAAUUUAUAACGAGGGAGAGUGUUGGCACCAUAAAUUGGAUAUUGAUAAUCUGUGGUACACACAGCGUCAUCUGGCAACACUAUAUUUCGGGAAGACAUCUUUGAUUUUACAUUGGUCUUAUACACGGCAUUCUAUACAAUCCUUUUCUGUUAAUUACUAUUUACAAUUGUUACAUGAAAUAAAAUAUACAUUGAGA